AUGGGGAGCCACUCGGGACAGAGCCUGGCUGAGGCCCAACUCAAGGAGCUCCACGCGUACGCAAAGCUGCUCUUUCUCCGCAGCGGUCGCCAGUACGAAGACAAGACCCUGUAUCACGAGCUCGAAGGCGAUGCAUCCCCAAAUGAAGCCGAGGACGACUGCGGCUCAGCCAGGAAUGCUCCUCUCGGCGGUGACCUUGACUUGGAUCGCCUGCGGCGCGACUUCCUAAACAGGCUAUCCGAGACCGUCUCGUCCACGAAGGGAGGCUCUCACGUCGUCGCCAGCCCGCAUGGUCUACUGGCCCGACAAGGCCAAAGUCUUUGUCGCGAUAAACUCGGGGUUCUCCCGGGGCGAUUUGCUGUCCAAGUUCUUGGGCGGCUUGUGCACAGCGCUCGAUGGCAUUGCUGCUGCUCCGGGUUGGUUUGUCGAAGGAGGGAGCCCCCCCCCCCCCCCCCUCUCAUGAAGGUCUUGCUAAUGCAAAUUCUCGCAGAUAAUCAGACAGAGGAGCAGAUACACGCACUCCGGGACAUGCUGCUUCGCCACCAGUCGUCGAGACUGAACACUGCCGUGGCCGAACUGCGGCAAGUCAUGCACAGCUUCCGGCACCUUCUUCCACAAAAUGCGUUGCCGGAGUCGACUGCCGUCAGUGCUCUUCCGCCAGACACGGACGCAGUGGUGCUUGGUUUCGAGGACUGCCUGAAGCUGCUGGCCACGUUUCUCUUCAGCGGUAGCCACCCGGACCUGGAGAGACACCGUCGUCUCGUGAGCCUCGGCCAUGUCAUCUACCGAACCUUUCCUGCCGGGCUCUUCCGGGCCCUUGGCCCCGGGGGCGACAAGCUCCGCCAGGCUAUCGGCUUUCUGGGUCGACUCCAGACGUCCCUUCAGGUGCUUGUCACAGCAACCAGGCAAGUGCCCGGGUUUGACUGCUUGUCCCUGAUCCCGGUGGUCAGACCGAAGCCUGGCAAGGUCUCGACUGCAUGUCGGCAGGAGUGGAGUCUGAGCCAGACGUUUCGCGCUCUCAACCGACGGCUGAACGAUGCAGAGGUGAACAUACUCAUGGGGCGGCCAGGCUCAAAGGGCAGGUGGACGAAGAACAAACUGCUGAACGACUUCUCUAAACUCAGAUCCCCGACCUGGGAAGUGCACGCCGAGAUCCAGACGAUACUCUUUGUCCUCCUCCACCCGGAGGAAGUCGCCAACGGGAAGGAGUUGGACUACAUUGGGUGCAGCAGGUACAGUUGUCUACUGUGCUCCAAGUUCCUCUGCCACUUCCAGGCCCUGCAGACGCGUGGGUGUCAUGGCAAGCUUUACAGCCAUAGCUGGACUGUCCCCCCCCGCGGAGAUGGUUUGGGCCAAGGCGAGCUGCAGAUGCUGUCUGGGGCUGUGGCGGAGGUGACAUCGUGGAUGCGGCAGGAACUCAUUGGCAGAGCGAGGUCUCCGGCUCAAAAGAGACCAGAGGUCAAGGAGUCCACGAUUGGUGGCAGCUCGAUUAUUGCCAUCCCAGGGAACGGCAGAGACGGUCCUCGGCAGAGUUACGGCGCGUCCGAGCACCUCCGCCGACAACGAGCUGAAAGCUCUUAUAUGCGAGCCACGCAGAAGAGUCACCUGGAUCUCGUCGAAGACGAGGAUGCCUCCAGCAUUGGAAGCAAGGCCAGCACGCCCACAGAGACCGGGGCGGAACGAUGUGCUGGUUGCUUCGACAGAGAAACCACUCGACGAUGUUCUCACUGCGGAGGAGGCGUGUUCUGCGGCGAGGCCUGCGAAAGACAGAUGCCGUUGUCACACCUCAUCAAAUGCAACAUGCGGCAAGUCACCUCGGCAGACUACCUUUACCAGGACGUUGUCGAGGACGCAAUCCUGACGGACCCUGGUGCACGGCAGGACUACUGGUUCGACCGAUGCCAAAGCAAGGGGGAAGAAUCGCACCUGCUUGGAGUCUUUGCCGGCCUCCUUAGAUACCAUCGCUACUACAUCACUCGCGAAGAGCUUCACCAGUGGAGAUCGCAUCCAGGCGGCAACACUUACUUGGUCGCGGCGAUAGCCAAGAAAUUCGACGAGUUGCCCGAGCGCUACAGGGGAGGAUACUUCCCUUGGUUCUGGGGACUGCGGGCUCGCUUCGAGCUGCCGGACGGCCACCCUUCGGUUCCUCGCGCGCUCUGCCCUAGGGCCCAGAUGGAAGAGAUGGAGGCUCGAGCCCGAAAGUACCUGUCCCCCGAGGACCGGCAUAAAGACGUCGGGGACCUGGCUCCUUUUGCAAAGAUGCACUGCUUCCGUUUUUACUGCCUGAUCAACGCCCAUGCAUGGCCACCACCCGUGGACACGGGGUAUAGUCAUUGGUUCGACUUUGGGUUUGUCGUAUGUAGUGACCGGCACGAGGAAGCGCGCCUGAGUUCAAUGUACAUCGGCAUGCUCACCGGGCCCGACCGCACGUGCAGUUUCGAGGAAUUCUGGCGAGCGUGGGAGGAGGGGGAUCUCAUGGCCGUAUUCGACAAGAGGUAUCGGCCGGCGGCAUCGCCAGGCGCAUUCAUGCAUGUCCCCCCUGAACUCGACCUCCUCGGUCGUCUGCAGGGCUUCCUCUCUUGCGGAGGAGGAGGAGGAGCAGAGCGUCCAUCUGUCUGGAGGCUACGCCACUUUCUCGAGCUGCAAGGUCUUUCCGUCGAGUCCGCGACGUGCGAGACUGCCCGAGGCGCACGGGAUUACCGGUUUUCUGAGCAGUUGGACACAAGGACCACCAUGGAGCUGAGGGGCUUUUAUGCGCAGCUCCUCACAAAGGUGAACCCUUUGACAGUCCACCAUGAAAGAAUGGAAGGGAAUUUGCUGUCCUUUGCGAGGGGUCACAUCGACGUCACUCCGAGGGUCGAAGCGGUCCUUCAAAGCCUUCUGUAA